GUACAGCCGUACCAUUUCAGCUUGCUAGUGCAGAAAGAUGUUGUGAAUUCAGUUGCUGAAUGAGCCCGGCCUGACUGCAAACACUAUCGCCAGAGACAUGUCAAAGAGUUGCCGGUGGAUCUGACCUGAUCAAGGCAACAGCAAAACGAUAUGUGUCACAAAGAUGUCUACACGGAACUGCCAGGGAAUGGAUUCAGUGAUCAAACCUCUGGAUACAAUUCCUGAGGAUAAGAAAGUCAGGGUUCAGAGGACGCAGAGUAGCUUUGACCCCUUUGAGAAGCCAACGAAUCAAGUGAAGAGGGUUCACUCGGAGAACAAUGCUUGCAUCAACUUCAAAACAUCGUCUGCAGGGAAGGAAUCGCCCAAAGUCCGACGGCAUUCCAGCCCCAGCUCCCCUACAAGCCCCAAGUUUGGAAAAGCAGACUCGUACGAAAAACUGGAAAAACUUGGAGAAGGGUCCUAUGCUACAGUAUACAAAGGGAAAAGCAAGGUAAAUGGGAAGCUUGUGGCACUGAAAGUGAUUAGGUUACAGGAAGAGGAAGGAACCCCAUUUACAGCUAUCAGGGAAGCUUCUCUUUUGAAAGGACUGAAACAUGCUAACAUUGUGCUGCUUCAUGACAUCAUUCACACCAAGGAGACCUUGACACUUGUGUUUGAAUAUGUGCACACUGAUUUAUGUCAGUACAUGGACAAACACCCUGGAGGGCUUCAUCCAGAAAAUGUGAAGUUAUUUUUAUUUCAGUUGCUGCGAGGACUGUCUUACAUCCACCAGCGUUACAUUUUGCACAGGGACCUGAAACCACAGAAUCUUCUGAUCAGUGACACGGGGGAGUUAAAGCUGGCAGACUUUGGUCUGGCAAGAGCUAAAUCAGUUCCCAGCCACACUUAUUCCAAUGAAGUGGUUACCCUAUGGUACAGGCCUCCGGAUGUCCUUUUGGGGUCAACAGAAUAUUCCACCUGUCUUGACAUGUGGGGAGUGGGCUGUAUCUUUAUAGAAAUGAUUCAAGGUGUUGCUGCUUUUCCAGGAAUGAAAGACAUUCAAGACCAACUUGAAAGAAUAUUCCUGGUCCUUGGAACACCAAAUGAAGAUACCUGGCCUGGUGUCCACUCUUUACCCCAUUUCAAACCAGAACGGUUUACACAAUAUAGCCCUAAAAACCUUAGACAAGCAUGGAAUAAGCUGAGCUACGUGAAUCAUGCAGAAGAUCUGGCCUCCAAACUACUCCAGUGUUUCCCAAAGAGCAGAUUGUCGGCACAGGCAGCCCUGAGCCAUGAGUAUUUCAGUGAUCUGCCCCCACGGCUAUGGGAGUUAACUGAUAUGUCUUCUAUUUUUACUGUACCGAAUGUAAGAUUACAGCCAGAGACUGCAGAAAGCAUGAGAGUCUUUGGAAAAAACAAUAGUUAUGGAAAAGGUGUAUCAAACAGCAAACACUGAAGAAUACCUAUGCUCACAACAGAUGAUGCAGGAUUAAAUUUACCAGUUUGGAGGAGGGAAACAAAAAACCUACCGAGGAGGCCAACACUGGGAAGGAACCAUGGCCUGUUUCCUU